UUAAUGAAUUCGUAUGUUGUAUUUAACUACCUAUUUUGUUUUGAUUAUGUUUGCGAAGUUGUUCUACAUCGUAGGUUACAAACCUCGAUUUUUAAUAGGUACCUUCAGAUCUUAAUUUUCAACUAGCUUUCUAAUAAAGAAAUAAUGACAGUAGUUUCAGUGCCUUUAGGGUAGGUAUGGUUUAAAACAAACAAAAAGAACUUUAUCUUUAUAUCAAUUUUACAAUAAAAUUAUAUCAUCAGGUUAUUAUAGGUCAGACAUUACUAUUGGUAUCAUCUUGUACUUAUCUCUUAUAAUUCAGAGAGUAGCUAAUUAGGUAGUACUGUACAUUGUUUGAUUAAACCUUAUUUGACAACUUUUAAAAUAAUGUCCUCCCUGUAACAAUUUUGUAAUAUGUACAUAAUUAUUAUAGAACAAAUUGAAUGCAUCAUAAAAUAUAAAUAACAGUGUAAGGAAUCAUUGAUAUUUAUGUAAUAAUUUUAUUGAAUAUUGAGGCUCCUAACUACUUGUUCUUUGGUGUCAUCUGGAGAUGUAACUUUGUGACCAACUGUCCGUGGGUCAUUGUAAAUCUCAUAGUCAUUACCACCAGCCAUUGUUUUAUCUCCAAAAAAGUGUAUUUGUUCAAAAUGUUGGUCUGCUACAUGAUUUAGGCAGUAAGUCUUGUCCCAGCCUGUAGGGAAGACGUCCACACUGAUUUGUCCUCCGAGUGCAAAUGUCAAACCUGAACCUUCAAAUUCAGUUUUUAAUGAAUCAACAAAUUUUUGUCUUAUAGAAUGGAUAGAGUCAUACUUUACAAACUCAUCUCGCUCAGCCUGGCUGCAGGACCGUCCCACAGGGCAAAUAUUAAUCAUGCUUGAUCUGAACUCAACAAAGUUACCACGCUUAGCUGGUAGCUCGAUCUUAGACAUAUAUCCAAGUGAGAAAUUGAUAACUCUUUGUAACAACUUCUCUCCGAGAUGACUCAGGAUACUUUCAGAGCUGAUCAGCUUGCCAUUACGAUAAUAAACAACACCAUUCUCACAAAAAACGUAGUCGAACUUAGCUGCCACUUCCGCCCCAUCCAUUUGUUCAGCUAUUUUAGCAUAAUCGGAUCCACUGACAAGUCCCACAGUCACUUUUGAUUUUACAUCAUCUAACAAAAACUUUUUCAGUUCCUCUGUUAUAACCUGCCGCGGUUUAGUAAGGGUACCAUCUACAUCAAAAAGAUACAAAAUUGAUUUCCGGCUAGUCAUGUUAUCGAAAUACAAGAAGACCUCUAGUAGGCAAUAAAAAUCUAUUCAAAUUUUGGAGGCUAUUUGUAAAGCCGGUCUUAUGUAGGGCACUAACUCAGCAGCACGCUACUUCCCGUCUACCACUUCUACCACUGUGGUACCGUAUAACCGUACUUAGAAAGCGAACCGCGCCAACACUUUAGUGGAAGUGGACACGUCACAGUCAAAUAUCUGCCAGUUAUCAGCUGACAGCCGCGAGGGUGGCGGAAAACAUGGCGUACGAAUCGAGUACUGUUUACACCCUGAUAAUUUACUUCUUUAUCACUGAUACCGUAUUAUCUGAUAAAGCUACUAAACCUGGAAAUGUUCUUAUACUUUUGGCGGAUGAUGGAGGUUUCGAGCUCGGCGCGUACAUGAACAAGAUAUGCCAAACUCCGAAUAUCGAUGCCCUUGCACAGCGUGGUCUACUCUUCAACAAUGCCUUCACUUCAGUUAGCAGCUGCUCUCCGAGCCGCGCCGCGCUGCUGACGGGCACGCCGAGCCACCAGAACGGCAUGUACGGCCUGCACCGCACUGUGCACCACUUCAACUCGUUCGACACAGUCACCAGCCUGCCCAACCUGCUGAGCGCGCACAAUGUCACCACCGGUAUUAUUGGCAAGAAGGACGUCGGGCCGGCAGCACAGUAUAAGUUUGACUACGAGCAGACCGAGGAGAACAACCACGUGAACCAGGUCGGCCGGAACAUUACGCACAUCAAGCUGCUCACCAGGGAGUUCCUAGCUAAAGCUAACCGUGACAAGAGGCCGUUUCUACUUUACGUAAGCUUCCACGACCCGCAUAGGUGCGGUCACACAGACCCGCAGUUCGGUCCGUUCUGCGAACGAUUCGGUUCCGGCGAGGAGGGUAUGGGGCUUAUACCGGACUGGCAUCCUAUUUACUAUCAAUGGGAGCAAGUGCAGCUGCCGUACUUCGUACAGGACACGGAAGCAGCUCGGAGAGACAUCGCGGCACAGUACACGACCAUGUCGCGGCUAGACCAAGGAGUAGGACUGGUGCUGCAGGAGUUACAAAGCGCUGGACACGCAGACGACACUCUCGUUAUAUAUACGUCAGACAACGGCAUCCCGUUCCCGUCCGGCCGCACCAACAUGUACGACCCGGGACUACGCGAGCCCCUCAUCAUCGCCUCGCCGCACCCGCACGCGAGGAAGAAUCAAGCCUCGUACGCCAUGGUCAGCCUGCUGGACGUCAUGCCUACGGUACUGGACUGGUUCAACAUUCCGCUCCCGCAGGAGACAAAUGACAUAAUGACGCCGGAUACAGCUAAGAGCUUACUUCCAAUUUUAGAAAAAGAGCCUCCGCAUUCGGAGGACGAGGCAGUGUUCGCGUCGCAGACUCACCACGAGGACCUGCUGAACCGCACGGCGGACAAGCAGCCCCUGCCGUGGUACAAGACCCUCGCCCAGUACUACUACCGGCCGCAGUGGGAGCUGUACGACGUGCGCGCUGACCCCGCGGAGGCCAGGAACUUGCACGGCAAGCCGGCGCUGGCGGGCGUGGAGGCGGCGCUGCGCGCGCGGCUGCGGCGCUGGCAGCGCGCGUCCGCCGACCCGUGGCAGUGCGCGCCCGACGCCGUGCUCGAGCGCGCCGCCUGCCGCCCUCUGCUGCAUCGCUAGGACACGGCCUUACUUUUAUACGACCUAGCUCAUUACUAUACACAAUAUACUCCUUAGACUAGAUUGUAUUCAAUACAGACGUUUAUUCAUGUGCUUAAUUAUAAGAAAAUUGUAGCCCAACGGCCGAAAUUAACCUAAUCCAAAAUCUGUUGAUAUGGAUCGGUGUUGGACAGACACUCCACACACGACUAAUGUCAUUGUUUCUAUUUUAAGAAAUAAAGAAUAGUGUAAUGUAGUGCAGCGUUGUCUCUCGCAGCGGCUACGUUACUCUGUAACUUUUAAUUGAAAAGUCAUUGCUCGAGACUCGAGAGAGUAUAGUGAGUAUAGUCCCACAACCAAUGCCAUGGCGGACCGCGAUCGAUCGAGGUCACUUCGAUCUUUCGCAUUGAAAGUUACAGAAUAUCUUACAUAGCAGCUGGGCUCGCUACUGCAACGACAGCUGGAAGGAUCUCGACAUUGCAAAUAAAACUACUUCAUAUAAAUGUUUGUGUCUAUUUGUUGAUUUCAUAUACAUAGAUACGAGUGCAUAUUAAGUUAAACAUUCAAAUUAUAUUAACAAAUACAACGCAGGCAACUGGUUUCUUGGUUUCGUCUACAGUCUAUUAUCAAUUAUAAAUACACUGGCUUCGGCCGCGUCUUGUGCGAUACCAAGUACCGACACACAAGUGACACAAGUGACACGACACACGACACAUAGGCAUGUGGUAUUUCAGACCAUAAUGUUCCUCUGUUCCAAAUGUGAGAACAAUGCUAAGACACGCUUGACGUAUUAUACGAAUUACAAAACUUACUAACACAAAAAAAAACAAAACAAAAUAUAUCUUAUGGUUUAACAUGGUGCUCACAUAUGCAUAUUGACAAUCCAUAAAAAUAGCGCUUCUAUACAAGAAAAAGGAAACUCUUUGUUCCAUGUAUUGGAAUCUUAACUAUCUACUACUGCCAAGCAUUCUUACUUUCAAGAUAAUCUGUCAGUGUGUAGAAAGCUCGUUUACAUAAUUCGCGCUUAAUAUAUGUUAAAUUUACUUUCAUUGAGAUCUAGUGUGCUAUUUGGUAUUUUAUUAUAGCAUUUAAUACUGGGGUAAAUAAUAAUGGGGUUAGCCCAUAAAGGAUUUCUUUACCUUGGACAGUCUGAAUUAAAGUUCUCUUCAAAACAAAUUAAUCAAGCCCAAACACCAGGUAGCUACUGUCAGCCGUUGAGGAGUUCCCUUAGGUAUCAUAAUCCUUCAUCAUCAGGCCCCUAAUAGAGUCAUACCUCAUUUAGGUGUAAAGUUCUCAUCACUACAAAUUAAUCAAGCCCAAACACCAGGUAGCUACUGUCAGCCGUUGAGGAGUUCCCUUAGGUAUCAUAAUCCUUCAUCAUCAGGCCCCUAAUAGAGUCAUACCUCAUUUAGGUGUAAAGUUCUCAUCACUACAAAUUAAUCAAGCCCAAACACCAGGUAGCUACUGUCAGCCGUUGAGGAGUUCCCUUAGGUUUCACAUUUUGUAUAAAUUAAUGAGUUCGUUCGGAGCCUUGCCCUAAGGCCCAUUGUCUACGUAACCACACGUCACACGCACGCAUCAUCAAUUACGUUUGCAUGACGAUCACAAGACGAAUACUUGCAUCCUGCGUAGAAACAAUCAAAAUUGUGUCCACGAUGCGCCAUUUGACGAAUGCAUACAGCCUGUGUGACGUAACGUUGCCGGCGCCGUGCCGCUGGGUGGAAAUUGAAUAAAGCGUGAGUAUGACGUGCGAUUACGUGUAUAGUAGGCUUGACUAAUAAAAUGGUAUUUAGAUACAGCAUAGGUACUACCACAGAACAUAUAAAGAAGGCUAGAAAGGAAAUAGUUUCUGAUUUGUUUCAGAACACGCGACGCCGUUUGUCUCCAACUCUUUAACUUUACUACAAGCAAGAGACCAAUACCUACGCGGAAAAUGCACACAAAUAAACAACACGCAUUAGGUUUACAUUUUUGCUAUUGGUCGUCACACUGACGCAAUCACUUCGUUGGACAUACACUCAUACAGGCGUAAAAAAACUAAUGUAUGGUAGGGGGUGCGAAAGGUCGAUUAGUGAUAUCGAUAAAAUUAAUAGCAUAUAGCUUCUUAAUUUACAUGUGUUGCGGACUAUGUGGAUUUAUAUAAGACAUAUUGUGUACAUGUAUUUACGCUAAUAUACAUAACUACAACAUGUAACGUAAUUAAUGCACACCCUUAAACACCCCAAUUAGAAUAUUAGGUAUGUUAUAAUCAUAAUACAUACCUACACUACAUUUUUAAUGUAACAUGUAUAUGCAUCCUUACUGAUCUUGUCAUAAGGUUUAUUUUUCUUUACUUUGUAUUGAAUGAUAGAAUUUGUAUGAAUACAAAUAAAACUGCGAUUAUAAGUCUUAUAGCUUUGACUUACCAUCCAUUUCGAUUUGUUUUAACAAUACAGGGUUAAUAUGACAAUAAUUUCCGUAGUUUAAUUAUUUUUGGGAUAAAAAAUUACCUAUACUUACUAAAAAUUAUAUAAAUCGAUUCAGUUAACGAUUCUGAACUAACUAUUUUCAGGAUGUGCGUUAUUUAAGUUACAUGUUGUAUACAUAGAAAAAUACAUAACUGAUUUUAAAAAUCAAUUAUAUUAUUAACAUAAGUAAAUUG